AAAAAUAACAAUUAGUUAUUUAUUAAUUAUUAUAAAAAUAUAUUUAACCAACAAGUUUAAACAAAAUGUCAAUAAUAUUUAAAAAUUUAUUAUUGACAAAUGUACAAAAGUACUCAAAACAUAUAACAAAACUUUGUAGUACAGCUGUUGAUAUUGAAAAAAUAUCAAAUAAUACAACACCAAUAAUAUCAGUCAAUAAAUAUUUAAAUGAAGAAUUACUUUAUCAAAAAAAACGUCAAGUAUGGAUUGAAAAUUUAGAUACAAUUAAUGAAAAAAAAGUUGGUAUUGUUGAAUUACAUCCAGAAAUAUAUGCAGCAAAACCAAGAAUUGAUUCUCUUUGGGAAAAUAUCAGAUGGCAAAGAUAUUAUAAAUUUGUGAGUUUUGCACAUGCUAAAACACGAGCUGAAAAAGCAGGUAGUACACGUAAACCAUGGCCUCAAAAAGGUCUUGGUAGAGCUCGUCAUGGAAGUAGAAAAUCACCUUUGUUUCUUCAUGGUGGUAAAGCACAUGGACCAAGAUCACCAGCAACAUAUUUUUACAUGUUACCAUUCUACAGUCGUGUUAAUGGAUUAACAACAGCUCUGUCAAUUAAAUUAGCACAAGAUGAUCUACAUAUUGUUAAUGAUUUAGAAAUACCAUCAAACAGUAGUUCAUACAUUGAAGAUUUAAUGGUUGAAAGAAAUUGGGGACCAUCUGUUUUAUUUAUUGAUACUGAUGAUAUUAUGCCUGAAAAUAUUACUUUGGCAACUGAUGAAUUGGCCCAUGUCAAUAUGAUGCCUGUUUAUGGAUUAAAUGUCUUUAGUAUGCUAAAACAUGAUACACUUGUUUUAACUCAUCGUGCUGCUCGUAGAAUUGAGGAUAAAAUACUUCAUCAUUUAAACAGACCAGACAAUGCAAAAUUCCUCAAAAGAUUCAGAACAAAUCAAGUAUAA